AUGGCAUCUCUGUUACGAGUAAAACGGAAAUCUAUCGAUAUGAAAGUUAUGGGUGUCGACGGUACCGAGACUAGAGUAACCAGUUCGGUAAACGUGCAGGUGCAUUCUCGAAGCAAUCAAUCUUUAAUCAAUAUGGAAUGUCUUGUUAUGAAGAAAAUUACGGGAACUGUUCCUUCAAACUACAUAAACAUAUCGAAUUGGCCGAUACCAACGGAUCUAGAUUUGGCGGAUCCAGAAUUCAAUCGCCCACAUGGAGUGGACUUGUUGAUCGGAAUAGGACAUUUCUUUGGUUUACUGAAAACAGGUAAAGUCAAACUUGCUAAUGAACUGCCAUAUUUACAAGAAACCGUAUAUGGAUGGGUCGUUGGUGGUCUCAUAAACCCAACUGGUUGGCAGUAUACUAUUGGACAUUGUAACGUAGCAGUGCAACAAGCUGAGCUCAGUGAACUGAUUGAAAGAUUCUGGGAAUCCGAAGAAUUACCAUCCUUUUCAAAGUUGUCGUCAGAAGAGGCAGAAUGUGAAGAAAUCUUUCAACGAACGCACUCCAGAGACUCUACUGGAAAAUACAUCGUCAGGUUACCGUUUCGUGCAAACGUAGACCAUCUUGGUGAUUCCAAACAACAUGCUAUACAAAGAUUUUCAUACUUGGAAAAGAAAUUUCAACGUCAACCUGAUCUCAAAGCGGCUUAUUGCGCUUUUAUAGACGAGUAUGUCAAGCUAGGUCACUGCCGAGUGAUCGGUACGUCUGAGAAGGAAGAUGAUGGAUUCUAUUUGCCACACCACGCCAUUCUGAAGCCCACUUCGUCCACUACAAAACUACGAACCGUUUUUGACGCUUCAGCGAAAUCCACAUCGGGAUUGUCGUUGAAUGAUACACUCAUGGUGGGAGCAACUAUACAACCCGCACUAUUUGACAUCAUUCUGAGAUUUCGCAUACAUCUCUUUGUGCUCACAGGAGACAUCUCAAAGAUGUAUAGAAUGGUAAAUGUCCAUCCCGAACAUACAAGGUUUCAGCGUAUUCUGUGGAGGACAGACCCGAAGGAUUCAUUACAAACACUGGAGCUCACAACAGUUACGUACGGGACGGCCGCGGCGCCUUUUUUAGCGACUCGCUCAUUAAUACAAUUAGUACUGGAUGAAAGCCAUGCUCAUCCUCUGGCAGCAGGGAUAGUGAAGAACGAUUUUUACAUCGAUGAUGUGCUUACGGGAGCUGAAACGUUGGAGGAACUAGUAGCGGUUCGUAAAGAUCUUGAUGUACUUCUCAGUAAAGGUGGUCACACUGCAUAA